AUGCUGCCACCCGGGGCUGCGCAGAUGCCGUGUUCUUCGCACAGAGAGCGGGUGGUUGGCACAAGGCUUGUCAGCGGCUGCACCAUCGUGGAUCCCAUCUCCGUCACCGCCAGCCUCAUCACGCUCGCAGGGCUCGCCGCAAAGACCUGCUCUGCCUUUAAAGCCCUCCGCGAUAUCUGCAACACGCUGCCCGGACGGCUCCAUGCGCUGAAUAACGAAGUCGCCGACUUCCAAGUCGUUUGCCACCAAGUGCUUGCCGUGCUGGACGAUCGCGCUGCCAAGGCCUACGUCGACACCCACAUCGACAGUCCCAUCCGCCACCUAAUCCUGCAAGCAAAGGACAAACUACUAGAGCUGAAGCGCGUCGUCAGCAGCAUCGUUACUUCCUCCCGGCGCUCUCGCAUUGUCGCCGUCCAGGCGUGGAAAAAGCACCAGACACGCCUCGAGAAGCUGCAAGAGGAUCUCAAGACGGUCAAGUGCUCGCUGAACCUCUUGCUUGGUGCUGCACAUUCGCGCGACCUCACUCGCAUCUGCGUAGAGCUGGAAAGCAUCUCGACUGUGACGUCCCAUUCUGCCGAAAACCAAAACGUUAUCCGCGACGAGAUGCGCGAGAGCCUCGUAGCCCACCAUGACAGCGUUUCAAAUUCUGUCUCCGGCAUGUACCAGCAGGUUGAUGAGAGAAUCGGCCGAGUGGAAGAAAUGCUGAAAGAGCGAUCCGAGCGUCUGCGGACCCAGCAGAGCAACCAGUUGUCGCCUCUUUAUGGAGCCCCCCCACCUCCGUAUAGAAGACGGAGAUCCUCCCAACAGUCGGUUUCGUCCCUCAGUCCAGCCAAAGAUCCGCGCACCGACGCAGUUAGCAUUCGUAAAACCUAUACGCCUGCCGUUAUAGAACGUGUACUCGGCAAACUCUUCGUUGGAUACUCUGGAUUACCUCUUAUUAGCCCGAAAUGCAACACGACACAUUGCGACAAGGCUCAGUCUGCUCGUGUCAGGAUGGAAUACUGGUUCCCGAUGAGCUUCAUGUCCCAGAUUGUUAGCUUUCAGUUGGUGUUCGAAAACACUGGCCCCCAAGUUGCGCUCAACUUUCUUCGGCUGGUACCAGAUACUGCUCAGUCCGUAGGUUUUGCGCAAGCCGGAAACGUCCAUGGCCUGAAAGAUCUGUUCAAGCGUGGCCUCGCUUCUCCUCGUGAUUGGGCUGUUUACACAAAGCAAUGGGACAUGUGCAAAUUUCUAGUCCUUGCCGGCGCAGAUUCAGACUACAGACCAAUUGCUGCGUAUGAUAAUAGCCCGAGAAAUAAAGCAUGCGACUUCAACUUUACUAUCCUGCACAAGAUCGCGACGGGUCUCUCGUACCAGGAUUUAGAAGAAGCACUUAUCCUUCAUCAUGACGAGAUUGACGCUCUGGAUGCCAUGCACCGCACCGUACUUGCUUGGGCCUCCGCAAGAGGGAACGAUCGAGCCGUGGCACUCCUUUUAGCCCACGGUGCUGACCCGAAUGUUUUGGAUAUACAAUGGACCAAUGCUGUUUCCUACGCUGCUGAGCGAAGCCAUCUCGUUUGCGUGCGCUUGUUGCUUGAAGCCGGCGCAGAGCCCGACCCACAACUACCCAAAGGCAUCAAAGUUGGAAGUGCCUUGAAUUGUACCUCCCGGAAUUGUUCGGAUCCUCUUGUCUUGAAGACUCUUCUUGACUUCGGCGCCAACAUAGAAGCCAGCGGCGUCGAUGGGAUUACCCCAUUGAUUCAUGUGGCUCGUACGGACAACGUCAACUUUGCCAUGACGCCUCUUUCUACGGCUAUUACUUACAACAGCCAUAAGGUAAUCCGGCUCUUACUUGAUCGCUGGUUCGAAUACAGUACAUGUCCGCGACUCCAGGGCCCUCACCUUCUCAGAACUGCUGCGCUGUUCGCCGACCUUGAAACGGUGAAGAUCCUCACUGCUACUGAUCACUUCAAGCUCAAGUACGACAAGAAUUUCUUACUCUCUGAUUGCCUUGACCAGUUGAAGGAACGAUUCGAUGCCACAGAUGAGCUUAUCGCGGCAUUUCAAGACUUGCUCAGCGUUUUUAACGGAGAGCCGGAAGCUAUGAUGACCAAAGAGAAGAUACUGGAAUCAGGUCUUCUUUCCUGGGGAAAAUGCCCAGGAGACGGUAACGAGACCGAUACUGAUGGAUCCUUCGAAGACGCAUUGGAAAGUCAUGGCACAUGCAACAGAGGAAAGGCUGGAGGACAUUCACUCAUUGAUAUCUGACUUGAGAGGAAUUCUUUCACACGUGACAUAACAUGAGUUGGCCGCUUGUCAAAUUCCUUUAUUGCGAUUUCUGACGGU